ACUAGGAGGCUUGGACUGCUUUGAGGCCGGCUGGCUCAUACGGACAGUUUAUUGAGACCUACACCAGUAUCAGUGAGAUUUGCCAUGGAGAAGAUCUCGGUGUCAGCAUUUUUGCUCCUCGUCGCCCUCUCUUACACUCUGGCCAAAGAUAUCACAGUUAAAUCAGGAGCAAAGAAAGAUACCAAGGACUCAGCCCCCAAACUGCCCCAGACCCUCUCCAGAGGUUGGGGUGAUCAGCUCAUCUGGACUCAGACUUAUGAAGAAGCUUUAUACAAAUCCAAGACAAGCAACAAACCCUUAAUGAUUAUCCAUCACCUGGAUGAAUGCCCACACAGUCAAGCUUUAAAGAAAGUGUUUGCUGAAAAUAAAGAAAUCCAGAAAUUGGCAGAGCAGUUUGUCCUCCUCAAUCUAGUUUAUGAAACAACUGAUAAACACCUUUCUCCUGACGGCCAGUAUGUCCCCAGGAUCAUAUUUGUAGACCCAUCCCUGACAGUUAGAGCUGACAUCACUGGAAGAUACUCAAAUCGUCUCUACGCUUAUGAACCUUCAGAUAUAGCUCUACUGCUCGACAACAUGAAGAAAGCUCUGAAGUUGCUAAAGACUGAAUUGUAGAGAAAAAAAAGUCUGCAAACUUUUUUCUGUGUCCAGCCCUGAGACUUGGAACCAGAGGAGAUCCUAGAAGACUUUGGAAAAUGUAGGAACAGUGAUGGACAUCUAAUUAGAUUAUGGUUAUUGUUACAACAGAUAUUUUUUUAAAAUCUUGUUUCAACUGUACAUGUAUGAAAAUAAUACUGCAUACUACCAUAGGAAGUCAUGCUUUUUUAAAAUAAAU